UAAAUAUAAAUAAAACUCACUUUAUGGGUAAAACAUCGGUGGAAAACUGCAUGCUGAGCAAGGGGAAAUGGACAGACCUGACUGUAAGGGCUGAUUAUGUGGUGGAUUCUUUAGAUGUUAUAAUUCAUAAUUCAUUUAUAGAUAUAACCAGGGCUGUAGUGGACGCUAAACGCAAGUAAACGCAGUUUACCCACCUCUGAAAUUUGAGAAACAGAGUUUAUCCACUUCUCACUUCAGAGUUUAGCUACCUCCCAAUACAGUAAAUGUACUACCAUUGGUUGCGAAUCACAUUGAAGUAUUCAUAGUUUACCCACCUCUUAUUUCACCACUACACCCUUGGAUAUAACGCUAUAUAAAAUGAGUUGAAUACCAUUUAUCAUAAUAUUAAUACUAGUACAAAAUGAAAAGCUGCUUUGUGCUAAGGAGCUCCGCCUUGAAUUCGGGAUCAGAGCUACCCCUCAGCGCCUCGGCAGUGUAUUGUGUCGGAGUAAUAUGUAGAGUCGUUUUGUGCUCCUUGUUGUCAUGGCGAAGAACAGGAUAUAGCGCAACAUGCGCAAUAAAAAAAUAACAAAAAGAUGCAAUGAUGCCUCUUAUUGACCUCUCCAUCGUAUUAUUAUUGAACUUCCAUCUGACUCGUGUGAUUCUGACGGACAUACCAAAUCUGGGACAAGAUAAGCCGAGACUUUUCCUGAACGGAGAUACAAUUCCUAUUCAACUUCAGCAUCCAACCGAUCAGAACUUUACCGUAUUAUUUCUACAAGACACCAAAGAUGUUCUAUAUUUGGGAGGCACUGAUUUUGUGCUAAAGAUUGAUGUGGAUAGUAAUUAUGUUAUGGAGACAUUUCAAUUGAAUAAAUCAGCCAAUGAGGUGUGUUCACAGGGACCCUGCAGAAAUGUCAUUACUGUCAUCGAAGAAUUUCAAGAUAGCUUGUUUGUCUGUGGAACCAACGGAUACAAGCCACAGUGUUGGAAGCUGUAUUCCCAGGUGGGCAAUCGGUCAAGUGAAAUAGUAGAGAGCUACGAUGGAACAGGGAUUUCACCAUAUGUUUAUACACAGAACCGGCUCUCCCUGACAGUAGAGGGGGACUUAUACGCUGCGGCCCCUUUGGAAUACGAUGGUAGUUCUCUGCAGUUCAGAAGAAAAGCCGGCAGUAGAACUAACGUAUGGAUGUAUGACAACUGGGUGUCAGAGCCCACCUUUGUUGCCGCAUCCUGGGUGAGGCGGAAAGAAGACCGAGAGAAUGAGAAGAUUUACAUUUUUUUCCGGGAAAAGAAUUCGGACAGCAGUCCCGAAGCGGACCCUUGGGUCACGAGGGUAGCCAGAGUUUGCAAGGUGGAUGAAGGCGGCUCAAAGAGAUUCUUCCAGAACACGUGGACGUCUUUCCUGAAGGCUCGGCUGGUGUGUGGCUAUCCAAAGGAGUCGCUCUACUUCAACCACCUCCUAGACGUGUAUGUGUUGCACGCAGACAACUGGCGUGACAGCAGGGUCUAUGCACUCUUCACAAGCAGCUGGAAUUCUACAGCAGUUUGUGUAUAUUCGAUGGCAGAUAUUGAUGACGUAUUUGAGAAGUCGAACUUCAAGGGUUAUGAAGGAGACAUUCCCGACCCAAGGCCAGGAACUUGUGUAAAAAACAGCCGGGGCCUACCGUAUGCAACGUUAAACGUGGUGAAGGACCACUCUGAAAUGAGCGAGUGGCUCCACUCCUCCAUACACCCACUGGCUCCCUUCUACGUCAGCAGCUACAACUACACAAAGCUGGCCGUGGACCGCGUGAGAGCCGCUGACCAGCACACAUACAACGUUCUGCUUCUGGCCACCGACACCGGUAAAAUCCAUAAGUGCUUAGAGCUUGGUUCGGAUACUUUCAUCAUUUCAGAAACCCAUCUCUCCAACCACUCAUCCGUUCAGUCAAUGAUACUUUCCUCCAAGAAGAAAAAGCUGAUAGUAAGUUUUGCAGAGGAGGUCUUUAUCCUUGACCUCCCACAGUGUCACCACUACAACAGCUCCUGUGCAGAGUGUGUCCUCUCCAGGGACCCCUACUGCGCUUGGACUCAGAAUCGAUGCACAUCAACCAUCAUGGGGGGUAUUCAAAAUAUAAUUGAGCAAACAACGGGUGUUUGUACAACAGCGUUUGAUGAGCCAAAGACCCUCGACAAGAACAGACAGGAAACGGUGCGCCCCACCCAAGCAGUCUCCAGGGCGGCCCACGUGGUCCCGCUGGGCGUUCCCUUCUACUUGUCCUGCCCAAUAGACUCGUACCACGCCACCUACGUGUGGAAGCACGUAGGUGGCGACACCAGCUCCUGUCAGCAGAUGGGGUCCCAAUGCCUGCACCUCAUCCCGGCCCUGAAGUCCGGCAGCUACGGCCGCCACCAGUGCUUCUCCCAGGAGCGAGGCUACACCAGACUGGUGGCAGAAUACCUGCUCACCAUGCCACCCGCGCCGGACCCCAGAAACCACAGUGAACGCAUUUCUGUGUGGCGUGUCGAUUGGGUCGUCCUGAUUUCAGCCACUGCGGUGGUUGUUGCAUGGCUUGGCGAUUAGGAGGUGCCCCAGAAUAGCAACGCAAUCGCUUGGUUGGAUCGCUUCACUUCUAACAAGCUGUGCACACUCAUUAGAGGUGGCUGUCUGGGAAUAAGGGAUCAAGCUGUUUAGUGUCUUGCCACACACUUUAAGGUCAGAGAGAGAGAGAGAGAGAGAGAGAGAACUAACUGCUUUUGUUCUUCACAAGCACUUUACAUUGUUGUUAUUAAUAGAGAAAUAUCAAAGAGUGUGUGUGGUGCGUGCGUGUAUGCAUAAUAUGAGAAUAACUUAUUUAUUUGGUCGUCUCUUGGAAACAAGGUUAAAAAAGGGCUUCCCAAGAUCUUUUUUUCUUUAUAACAUUCUCAGGCAAGUCAUUCCAGAGCUGAAUGAAUUUUCCUAAGGACAACAUGCAUUUUGUAUGACCAUUUUUGAAUUCCCAACUUGCUGAUUGUGUUUUCCCUGCUACUCUUUAAUCUUAAAAGCCCACUGCCUAUGAUACAAUCUUUGUGGUCCGUUGAGGUUGAGAACAGGAUUUAGAUCUUUGACUUAAUUGGCUUUCAACCCAGCCCUGUCUGUAUUUUUCACAGAAUAGUAAAUACCAGUUAAUGAAAACAUCCAAACAUUCAUUCUCGUUCUAAAUUUUAACUGUGAACAUGCUUUAAAAUGAAUUCAUCAUUUAUCUGUAAAUUAUACUAUAUUUAGUUUAUUAUAUUUUAGUUUAUUUAUUAGCAAACGAUGAGAAUCAAACAGCUUUAUGUGGGUAGCCUACUCCAACCUCAUUGCUGAUCGAUAUGUUGCCCUUUAUUCGUAUAUAAAUUAUUGAUUGCAUUUUUAGUAAAUAGUUGGAAGGAAUCUGUUUCGCAAUAACAUUGAACUGUAUUUUUUUCUAGGCCUUCAUAGAUUUACUAUGUUGUUGGUGUUAUAGGCCUAUGUUGUAUGGAGCAAUCUUUCAUAUUUAUAAAGUUAACUUACACUUCCA